AUGUCUAAUAUAGUUGGUAUCGAGUAUAAUAGAGUCACUAAUACCACUUCCACCGAUUUCCCUGGUAAUUACCAAAGCGAAGGAUUGGAAUGGGACGUUGAGAAAUUCAGAGAAUCGUUUGAUAUUCAUAUUUCAAGCCUAACUGAAAAGGAAGCUAAUUUUGAUUUAGUCCAUAUUGAUACUUCCAUUGCUAAUGCUUUUCGUCGUAUUAUGAUAGCAGAAGUUCCAUCUGUCGCUGCUGAAUAUGUGUAUUUCAUGAACAAUACCUCCGUUAUUCAAGACGAAGUUUUGGCCCACAGAAUUGGUUUAAUUCCAUUAAGAGUCGACCCGGAUAAAUUAUCUUGGAUUGACUCAGAACUUCCAGAUGAGGAAAAAUUCACCGAUGAAAACACUAUUGUCAUCACUUUAGACGCUAAGUGUACCAGAAAUCCAGAUGCUCCAAAGGAUGCCACUGAUCCAAAAGUUCUAUAUAGAAACGCACAUGUUUACGCCCGUGAUUUGAAGUUUGAACCACAAGGUAAGCAAGCAGAAUUAUUUGCUGACCAACCUGUUGAGGCAAUCGAUCCAGAUAUUUUGAUCGCAAAAUUAAGACCGGGUCAAGAAAUUUCACUAAGAGCCCACUGCAUUUUGGGUAUUGGUGGUGAUCAUGCUAAAUUUUCUCCAGUUGCUACUGCCUCAUACAGAUUACUACCUCAUAUUAACAUCACAUCUCCAAUUUCUGGUGAAUCCGCAAAGAGAUUCCAAAAAUGUUUCCCUUCAGGUGUCAUUGGUAUCAACGAUAAAGAUGAAGCUUUUGUGAAAGAUGCUAGAAAGGAUACUGUUUCUAGAGAGGUUUUAAGACAUGAAGAAUUCCAAAAUAAAGUUAAAUUAGGUAGAGUAAGAGAUCAUUUUGUAUUUAACGUCGAAAGUACCGGUGCCAUGACCCCAGAAGAAAUUUUCUUUAAAUCUGUUAGAAUUUUAAAGAACAAGGCUGAAUACUUAAAGAAUUGUGCUAUAAGCCAAAAAUAG